AUGGCGAACUACCAGUCACAAGUACAUCUCUAUCUUUUCUUGACAUCACCCAAAUCUCUCAAUUAUACUGUUGCAGCACCAAGACAGGGUUUCUCACAUUCGGGAUAUCUGUUGGCCAAUACUCUCGUUUCUGUACAACUUCCUAGAUCCUUGCUUAUGCCACAUGGGAUCAGUGACCGAGGAAUAUUAGUUAGGUCGACAGAAGAUAUGACAGUGUAUGGUCUCAACCAACACAGUGUCUCCACUGAUGCUUUCUUAGCUCUUCCUGCAUAUAUACAAGGUCUACAAUACAUUGUACCUUCAUACACUCAGAGACCGAACUUCAAGAGCUUAAUUGGCAUAGUAGGCAUUCACAACAAUACACAGGUCACAAUUGCUUUGGCUUCUGCUGCUACAGACGGCACUACAUCUUACAGUGCUGGUGCUAACGCUACUUACACAAUCAAUUGGAUGCAAACAUUGCAAGUACGAGGUGAUGAUCUGACUGGAAGCUACAUCUUUUCAGACAAGACAAUUACAGUGUUUGGAGGACAUGAAUGUGCAGACGUUCCCGUAAGUAAACCCUAUUGCGAUCAUCUAGUGGAGCAGGUUCCUCCUAUUACAACACUUGGUAGACACUUUGCCACCGUCCCACUAUCAACACGGACAGCAGGAGACAUAUUCCGUGCAAUAGCAUCAAAAGAUGGCACUGAUGUUAUCGUCAAUGGGCAGUUGCAAGCAUCCAAUUUGCAAGCGGGAAAAUUCCACGAAUUCUUGGCUUCUUCUACGACAUUUCUGUCAAUUGAAGCCACUCAGCCAAUACUACUAAUGCAGUACUCACAAGGCUCAACUGCUGAUAGUACAACUUCUGAUCCAUUCAUGUUGAUGAUCCCUCCAGUUGAACAAUACAGAUCAAGAUAUAUUAUCAGUACACCAGCAGCUCAGCCAGUAUCAUUCAGUAACUACUUGGCAAUCAUCACGGCCGAUGAUAACAAAGAUGGUCUGAGACUUGACGAUCAACCAUUACCUUCUUCUGUUCUGUGGAACAAUAUCCCUGGUCAAACACUUGUUGGAGCUAAUGUACCAAUAUCCAUAGGGUCACACACAGUCCAUCAUGUAGAUAGGAGCAGCUUUGGGCUGAGUAUCUAUGGCUUUGAAAGUUAUGAUUCGUAUGGAUAUCCUGGAGGACUACAAUUAAAAGCACAGUGUGUUAUAAAAGUACCUGAUGAAAUAACAGAUAUAGAUGAGUGUGCACCAAACAAUGGCAGCGGUCCUUGCCAAUACGUAUGCACAAACACUUUCGGUUCAUUCCAGUGUUCUUGCCAACAAGGCUACUUCUUACAAGCUGAUCGGGUAUCCUGCAGUCAAUCUGCUCAGCAAUGUCUUUGUUCAAGCAAGGGCAACGGCAUAUGCAUAAGGGGUGGUUUGUGUGAAUGUCGAAUUGGAUGGAGUGGUCCGACCUGCUUAGAUCCACAGUGUCAUCUUGUCAAUCAAUGCUCUGGCAAAGGAAAGUGCAUUGCACCCAACAAAUGUCAAUGCAACAGGGGUUGGACAGGGUUUGCCUGUGCUGUCAGUACUUGUCCACAGUUCACCACAUGUUCUGCCUGUUCUGAGGUACCCUACUGCGGCUGGUGCGACUCACAACGAAGAUGCAUGCCAGGAACAGGAGUAGGACCAUCAGACAAAGAUACUUCAUGCCCUGAAUGGUUUUUCUACAGUUGCAUAAUUGUGAAAGAUUCUUUGGUUGACGGAAAUACUACCAUCAUCUCAUCCAACCCCUUCUCCUACCGAAUCCAAAUAAUUGACUGUGAUGAGAGCUGUCUUGUCUCAACUGUGGCACAUCGUGGUAACAGCAUUACAACUCCGGGAAGCCAACGGUUUUGUCAGCGCCGUAAACGAGCAUGUAGAAGCUUGUCUAACUGCUAUAAAGAACGGUCAGAUUUAGCAUGUGCUGCAACCAACGGCGUCAUCUGUCGUGUCCACUCUGAGGGACAAUGUCCAGGUGGUCUACCACAAUUCAAUGACAAACUUAUCGUUGGCCCAACAAACCAAUCGACUAUAGUAACAGGAAACGGAAAUGAUGAUCUUGGAGAAGUUGUGAUCACUCCAGGAGAGGUUGACAUUGCAAACACAAGAAUAGACUUCAAUUUUCACGUCUCCUGUGCUACCUUCCGAGAUUUAGCUGAUUGGGAUGACUAUGGCUGUUUCUGUGAUUCAGUCAAGAAUACAAGCUUGGUAACAGAAAGACAACCAGUUGAUGAAACAGACAAGUGCUGCAAAGAACACAAUGAAUGUUAUGCUCAUGCUCCAUCCAAUUGUGAUUGUCACAAAGUACAAUCAUUUGCAUUCAAUGCAGAAUGUUACAACUGGAAGUUAGCUAAAGGAUUCUGUCAAGACCUGUCUCGCACUAGUCAAAAUGAUGCAUGUAAACAUUACUGCUGCCAGUGUGAUUUCACUGGAGCUGAAUGUCUCGCACAAAAUAGGAACACAAAGGCAGACAAACUGUGGCGCUAUUGGUUAGAUCCAACAAAAAGUCAAUGCAAUCAGAGGUGCGGAAAAGUUCCAGGAUGUGACUGUAAACCAGCAUGUUCUGGCAACGGAUUCAUUGAGAGUGUGGGACGAGAUUCAUUCUGUCUCUGCUUUCCUGGAUGGCAAGGACAAUGCUGUGACCAACCUGACUGUUCAUGCCACAGUUCUAACUAUCACGACUGUUCAGGAAAUGGUGUUUGUAGAGCAGCAAUAGGAGACAAUAAUCCAUCCUGUUCUUGCCGCCAAGGCUGGAGAGGACGUUGCUGUGACACAAGAAUACCUGUGAGAAGGUCCGGUGACCCACAUCUAUCUACAGUUGAUGGGCUUGAAUUUGAUUAUUUUGGAAUUGGAGAGUUCUGGGACUGCAGAAGCAAGGAGAAUGACUUUGGUGUGCAGAUAAGGUUCUUUGGUUACAAAACAACAUCCUUCACUGGUGCAGUAGCUAUCAAGACAGGUAACACCACCACAACCAUCUACACACUCAACAACACUGCCGGACAAACCAAUUUGCCCAAACUAAGGAUAAACGGAACACUUUUCAAUGAUACUUGGGAUGGUUAUCCGACCAUUUACAUUAUUGAUUCAGAUCAAGUGAAACUUUAUGUACAACCAACUAGAGCUAAUGGCUCUGUGGUGCAGUACCUCUUUCAGUUCAAUUCUGGUGCUACAUAUACAGUAGAUGUUCGAUACAGCAACAUGCUGGAGAGACAAUAUAUUGACACAGAAAUAGGACUAGUCGCAUCCUUCCUACGUCAGACAGAAGGUCUGUGUGGGUACAUGGAUAAUAAUGUGGAGAAUGAUUUGGUCACACCUGAUGGCAGACAGCUGACCAACACAACAACCUUUGCAGAAUCAUGGCGUGUUGACCUGAGCGUUAACAAAGUAGGUGACAAUGUAUGGUCAUGGAUGUCUUCUAACUUUGAUCCAGAUGAUCCACUUGAUUUUUCAUAUACAAAUCCAUAUCACAGAACCGUAUAUGGGACAGAACAGUUAGAUAGCACAAAAAGGAAGGAAGCGGAAGGAGAGUGUGCUGCCCUUGUACUGCAAGGAAAGCUACUUAAUGAUUGCAUUCUGGAUAGAGCGUUAACUGGAGACAAAACAAUUGUACAGCAGAGAGCUUUCCAGCAAGGAAAAUGUCCUAACGAUUGUUCUAAUCGAGGACACUGCAGUAAUAGAUCAUGCAUUUGUAUAGACAGCUGGAUGGGUGAAGACUGCAGCCUAGGUGGCUGUGACAACUGCCCCACAAACAGUCAGUGCAUUAGUGGUUUUUGUAGAUGUAAUUUUGGCUAUGUUGGAGCAAACUGUUCAAAAGCUACAUGCGAGAUGAUCAACAACUGUACCAAUGCAACACAUGGUCUGUGCAAGGCUCCCAAUGUUUGCCAAUGUAACCCAGGAUAUCUGGGUGACGAUUGCAGUACACCAGCAAUAUGUACUCACAACUGUUCAUAUCAAGGCACUUGUGUCGGAGACAAUAAAUGUCUUUGUUAUUACGGAUGGGGAGGAAACACUUGCAACAAGAGAACAUGCGAGAACUUGGCAUACUGCUCUGGUCAUGGCACUUGCCGUUCAGAUGGAACAUGUCAGUGCAAUGAAGGUUGGCGUGGAAGUUCAUGUGAUCUGUUCAGUUGUGAUGGUGUCGGUGAAUGUUAUGGUCAUGGAGACUGCAUCGAAACUGACAAAUGUAGCUGCCAUGUUGGCUAUUCUGGAGUAGCUUGCAACAUCUCUACUUCAUGUCCAUCCAAACGAAAUUGCAGUGGCAAUGGUGUGUGUAUAAAUGCAAACACUUGUCUCUGUUUCUCCGGAUACUUUGGUGAUGAAUGUGAAACAUUUGAAUGCAGUCAAGGAUGUUCAGGCCGAGGCACUUGUGAAGCACCGGAUAUCUGCUCUUGUAUACUUGGCUGGACUGGAUCAGAUUGCUCAGUACCAUCAUGCGAGCAACUACACUAUUGCUCAGGUAAUGGCAAAUGUGUUGGUCCUGACACUUGCCAAUGUGAUGAUGGAUGGGGUGGGCUGCUGUGUAAUGAUUUCGACUGUAGCUCUGGCAACAGAAGUGGCAAUUGCUCUUUCAACGGAAAUUGUACUACACCAGGAGUCUGUGCUUGCAACUCUCGCUAUUGCGGAGACGACUGUCAACACCCAAUAAUAAAUGAGUGUAAUGGGCUCCUGACUAAUGGUACUAUUAUAAAUCCCUGCCAACAGAUCUGCAUUGAUACUUGUGAGUCGUAUCAAUGUUCCUGCUCAGCCGGCUAUAUCUUAAAUGAUGACUUGACAACAUGUCAAGACAUCGAUGAGUGCAAUACAACUGCCUUUGCCAUUCGCUUGAACAACUGUGAACAAUUGUGCAUCAAUGUUCCAGGAUCCUACAACUGCACCUGUAGUGUUGGUUACCGACUUUCAGAUGACAAAAGUUCUUGUGUCGAUAUAGAUGAGUGUGGAGUAAGUGACCAUUGCAGUCAGCAGUGCAUAAACACAGUUGGCUCUUACAAUUGCAGCUGCAAAAGUGGUUAUCGACUCAAUGACGACCAAAAAACUUGUGAUGACAUUGAUGAGUGCAACACAACUGCAUUUGCCAUUCAGCCAAACAGCUGUGAAGAAUUGUGCAUCAAUGUUCCAGGAUCCUACAACUGCACCUGUAGUGCUGGUUACCGACUUUCAGAUGACAAAAGUUCUUGUGUUGAUAUAGAUGAGUGUGGAGUGAGUGACCAUUGCAGUCAGCAGUGCAUAAACACAGUUGGCUCUUACAACUGCAGCUGCAAAAGUGGUUAUCGACUCAAUGACAACCAAAAAACUUGUGAUGACAUUGAUGAGUGCAACACAACUGCAUUUGCCAUUCAGCCAAACAGCUGUGAAGAAUUGUGCAUCAAUGUUCCAGGAUCCUACUACUGCACUUGUAGUGCUGGUUACCAACUUUCAGAUGACAAAAGAUCUUGUGUUGAUGUAGAUGAGUGUGAAACAAGUAAUCGUUGCAGUCAGAAGUGCACAAACACCAUUGGUUCAUACAAAUGCAGCUGUACAAGUGGCUAUCGACUCAAUGAUGACCAAAUAACUUGUGAUGACAUCGACGAGUGCAAGGAAAACAGUUCUGACUGCUCAAACUUGUGUUCCAACACAAUUGGCUCAUUCACGUGUGAUUGUACACAUGAAAAGCUACUGGCAAAAGAUGGCAAAACCUGCAUAGACCUUCCAACAGCUUCUUCAAAAGAUUUCCUCGUCAGUGCAACCCACGCAAUACUUUCACACAUCUCUAGUGAAGAAUUUGAAAAGCGUCAGUCACAAUUCCACGAAGUUGUUACACAAGAAGUGUGGAAUUAUUGUCAACUUUCUACAAACAAUCAAUGUGGCAAUGUCACCAAAAACACAAAGAAAAACCUCUAUCUCCAAUUUUCAUCAGUAGCCUCUCACAAUACUUCACUUAUGGUCACAUUCUAUAUUUUCUCUAUUGACGUUUCCACACAUGCAAUCUUCAUAAUUCCGGCUGAUCAAGUUGUUUUUGUUCUAACCAACAGCAAAGUACUACAAAAGGCCGGAUUUGAAGUCGUCAGAUUGGUUGCUGUUUUUCCACCAUCAACAGAAACACCUACAGAGAGUCCCAAAUCCAGUGGCAUCUCUAGCACCAUUUUGAUUGCUGCUGUGGUUGGAAGUGUUGGUGGAGUGCUCCUACUUCUCUUUGUGGGUUAUUGCAUCCACCGCUGCAUCAAAGGAAAAGAAAAGGGCUAUCUUAUCUAAGAUAGAGAAAACGCUGACAGGAGUAGUCUGUGUGUUAUUCAAUAUGUGAUUUAUGUAGGAGCUAGGAUUAUUGACUGCCCUGUUUACUGAAUAUGAAAACUGACUACUUUGUGACCUCUAUAUUAGCCAGGGUGUCACAUCCUGUUCGCUAAUAUUGUCUUGUAUGCAAAAUAUAA